GCAGGGCCUGAGGACAUCUGAGCGAGCUCUGGGAAUACCUACAAUCCUUCGAUUGUGGUAUAUGUACCGUAUCUCGUAUCUAACCGUGCAGGUUCGAUAAGCCCUCCGCGUCGACCGCAAUCUAUCAAACCACAGAUGGUUGCCUUACUGCGACCUGCGCUUCGGUGGAUCCAGAACGCGUUCUUGCUCCACCUCUUCUUGGCGUUCGCUGCGAGCAUUUGCGGGAAUGCGGCGGUGUCGACGCCGCUGCCCGACCUGUACGAAGCGUCGCUGACGGAGCUCCAGGCCGGUCUGACAGCCGGGCAAUUCACGAGCGUUGACUUGAUCAAGGCCUACUUCGCGCGGAUCGAAGAGGUGAACCUCCAAGGACCCGAGCUGCGCGCUGUGAUCGAAAUGAACCCGUCCGCACUCGCUGAGGCUGCAGUGCUUGACCAGGAGCGCCUUACGUACGGUCCGCGAAGCGCGCUGCAUGGCAUCCCGGUGCUCGUCAAGGACAAUAUUGCUACUGUUGCGUUUGAAGGUAUGAACACUACCGCUGGGUCGUACGGACUUCUGGGUUCGGUCGUGCCCAUGGACUCUGGGGUCGUAAAACGGCUUCGAAAGGCAGGAGCAAUCAUCCUUGGAAAGGCAAAUUUGUCUGAGUGGGCAGAGUUUAGAGGCGACCUCGCGUCGGGGUGGUCGGGACGUGGGGGACAGACUACAAACGCGUAUUACCCUAAUGGGGACCCGUGCGGGUCAUCCUCUGGCUCAGCGGUCGGGGCGUCUAUUGGCCUGACGGCUGUUUCUCUCGGAACUGAGACGGAUGGAAGCAUCACUUGCCCUGCGAACCAAAACAACAUUGUCGGUGUAAAGACUACGGUCGGUUUGACAUCACGCGCUGGAGUGAUUCCAAUCUCGGAACAUCAGGACACAGUCGGCCCGCUGGCGCGCUCAGUGACCGACGCUGCGAUUGUGCUCUCCAUUAUUGCUGGCCCGGACCCGAAUGAUAACUUCACGCUCGCGCAGCCAACGCCGGUGCCUGACUACGUCUCCGCCCUCUCGAAUACUUCGCUCAUCGGGAAGCGUAUCGGCGUCCCGCGCGCCGUGUUCAUGAAUAACAGCGUCACAGGAAACGAUCCCUACGUGAACGAGGUCUUUGAGCAGGCGGUCGCGACGCUUCAGGAGCUCGGAGCGACGAUCGUUGACCCAGCGGAUUUGCCUUCGGCAUAUGAUAUUUUGGCCUCUAACAACGAAACUGUAGUGAUGAACACUGAUUUCAAGAUCCAAGUCAACGCAUGGUUCUCGAGUUUGCUAUCGAAUCCCACUGGAGUCCAGUCUUUGGAAGACCUCAUCAUGUUUGAUAGCAACAACCCAUCUCUGGAGGAGCCCACGAACUACACAAGCCAAUCCGAAUUCAUUGCGGCUCAAGCCACGACAGGUUUCAACGCGACAUAUUAUCAGGCCCUGGAGUUCGAUCAUCAGAUGGGACGCGAACAAGGAAUAGACGCUGCACUGGAAAUGUACUCGCUCGAUGCGCUUAUUCUCCCAGCGCCAGGAUACACCCCUACCCCUGCCGCACUUGCCGGGUAUCCAAUUGUAACAGUCCCACUCGGUUUCUAUCCCGACAACGUCACCAUCGGAAGCGCUGGCCCAGUCACAUACUACCCUGCACCUGGGAUACCGAUAGGUCUCUCGUUCUUGGGCACAGCUUGGAGCGAGUACGAUUUGAUCAGCUAUGCGUACGCGUACGAACAAAAGACUCAGACGAGGUUGCAGCGGAUGGCAUAUCCUGCUGCUAUCCCUACUACGCAGCUCUCGGACAUCAUCGGCGCCUAA